AUGAUUGAGGACUAUAUACACAACAAUGAUAUAGAUCCUGAAAAUAUGGCUUUGAAUUAUAUAGAGGAAAUUAUGAAAAUUAAUGGAAGCAGCUGUGAAAAUUUUCAAUUGCCAAAUCCAUAUCCGGUAAAUAUUUACAGGCAAGAAUAUAUUGUUGAAGAGGAAAGGCAACGUGGUAACUAUAUGUUAUCAAAACUAAAUGUGGAACAAAAAAAAGUAUACGAUUCGAUAAUGAGAGCAAUUGACAAUGAGAAUGAACCUGAGAGAUUAUUUUGUAUUGAUGGGUUUGCUGGUAGUGGGAAAACCUACCUGUUUAACACAUUAAUAGGAAUAAUCCGAGGAAGAAACGAGGUGGUUCUACCAUGUGCCUCAACUGGCAUUGCUGCCACACUUCUAAAGGGAGGAAGGACGUAUCACUCACUGUUCAAGUUGUCCAUCCCAAUUGAUGAAAGUGCCAAAUCAAAUAUUAGAGAAAAUUCUAUGCAUGUGCGAGAACUAAUUGCUGCAAAACUCAUUAUAUGGGAUGAGGUGAGUAUGACUGUAGGACAUGCUCUAGGAGCAGUUGAUAAACUAUUAAGGGAUAUAAUGAAGAAUCCAAGAUUAUUUGGGGGAAAAGUUAUUUUAUUUGGAGGUGAUUUCAGACAAAAUCUACCUGUAGUGCCACAUGCACAGAAAGCUGCAAUCAUUGAGUCCACUGUUAAAUAUCAUACAAUAUGGAGAAAUGUAAUUCAAGUAAAACUUAAGCAAAAUAUGAGAACUGGAGAAGAAAGAGAAUUUGCUAAUUGGUUGUUGCAAGUCGGUGAUGGUAAAUUGUCGAAUAUUGAUGAAUUAAAUCAAGAUAUAAUAGAAAUUCCAAACGAUUUUAUAUCAGAACAGUCUCUAAUUACAGAUAUUUUUGGAGAUCAAUUCAGUAUAGAACAGGUUCGACAAAAUCAGGAUCGAGCAAUUCUAUGUCCUAAGAAUGAGGAUACAUUUAAAAUAAAUGACGAAAUCCUUCGUUUAAUGGAAGGAGAAGAAAAGGAGUAUCUCUCAAUUGACUCUAUUAUGAGUGAUGAUCCACAGGAAGAAUUGAAUUACCCGACUGAGUUUAUAAACUCAUUGACACCCACCGGAAUGCCAGGACAAACCUUAGAAAAAGUUGGGAUUUAUUUGCAGAAUCCAGUAUUUGCACAUGGACAACUGUAUGUAGCAUUUUCAAGAGCAACAAAAAGAGAAAAUGUUAAAGUAAAGGUCGUUGAUAACAAAAGUCAAGGACAUCUGAUUAUGGGAAGUUCAAAAAUAUUUACGAAAAAUGUG